AUGGGUUCUCUUCUUCCAGCUGAUGGACAUCGUCCUAAAUUUGCUCAACUUUAUAUUUAUGAUACUGAGAAUGAGAUCUCCAAUAGAAUACGAGCACUUGGCAUUGACGAUGGCGUUGAGAAAAUUAGUAGGAACAUUGUGACUGAUUUAAUUAAAAUGUUUGAUGACCAAAAUACAAUUGUUAAAGCAUUUAGAAUGGCACGAGAUUAUUUUGUACAUAAUGAUUUUAUGCCCAUGAGGUUGCGAUUAAUUGGAGCACGUGGGGAAGUCUUGCAGCAAUAUAAUUCUCCUUCAUGCGCUGAAAUUGUUGGUCUGAUAGUUGGUGACUUAGGCAGUGUAGAUCGGCAACGUGAUAUUAUUGUUGAGCAUAAAACAGAAGGCUUAAAACGAAUUAGUGAUUUGCAUCCUUCUUUUAUGGCUAUGCAAUAUCCUAUUUUAUUUCCCUAUGGUGAAGAUGGUUUUAGGCUUGGCAUACGAUGCAGGCAGACAUCCCGCAGGAAAACAAAUUCUCGGCAAUGUGUUACAAUGCGUGAGUUCUAUGCUUAUCGAAUCCAAAAUAGAUUAAGGGAAGGGAAGACAUUGAAGAAAGACUGCAAUACAUUAGAAGAAAUCAGGCGAAUCUUAGAACUGAAAUAUAAAAAGGUAUUAGAGAUGCUGUUGUUGAAGGAGAUGCACUCAGGGCCUCCCGAUUUAUUCAUAACAUUUACCUGCAAUGCACAAUGGCCUGAAAUUAGAGAUGCCCUGGAAUUUAUUAAUGGCCAAAAAGGUGAAGAUCGGCCUGAUAUUAUUAGCAGGGUAUUUAAGCUGAAAUUGGAAGUUUUAAUGGAUGAUAUUAAAAAGAACCAAUAUUUCGGUAAAUCAGUGGUUGAGUUAUAUACCGUUGAGUUUCAGAAGAGGGGCCUUCCUCAUGUUCACAUGCUGAUAUGGUUACAUACAGGCCAUAAAUAUCUUACAACCUCAGAGAUAAAUUCAAUUAUUUCUGCAGAAAUACCUGAUCAAAUUAAUAAUCCAAUCGGCUAUGCAUCAGUUGCUAAAUUUAUGAUACAUGGUCCAUGUGGAUUAGCUAAACCAGGAGCCCCAUGUAUGAUAAAAGGUCGCUGCUCAAAAUAUUUUCCAAAAGAAUAUAUAAAUGAAACGGUUAUAUCUGAGGAUGGAUUUCCUAUUUACAGGAGAAAAAAUAGCCAUUUUCGUGUAUUGAAAGCUGGUAUUGAACUUGACAAUAGAUUUGUUGUUCCUCACAACUUGCAAUUGGUUAUUAAAUAUCGGGCUCAUAUUAAUGUUGAGUGGUGUAAUAAGUCAAGGCUAAUAAAAUACUUAUUCAAGUAUAUCAAUAAAGGUCCAGAUAGAUCUGCAGUGGUUUUAGAAAAUAAUGUCCAUUAUACUGAUGGAGCUCCUGGAAAACAAUACAAAAAUAUUGAUGAAAUUAAGCAAUAUUUAGAUUGUAGAUAUUUAUCAGCAUAUGAGGCGAUUUGGAGAUUGUUCCAAUUUGAUAUCCACUUUAGGCAUCCAUCUGUUGAGCGGUUAUCUGUUCACCUACCGAUGAUGAAUAACAUAACAUAUCAUGGUGCUCAAAAUUUAAUUAAUGUCCUCAAUCGUCCGAAUGUUGAGAAAACAAUGUUUACGGAAUGGAUGCAUACCAAUCUCAAUUAUAAUGAUGCUCGACAAUUAACAUAUGCUGAAUUCCCAACUGAAUGGGUUUGGCAUUCAAGUGAUAAAUUUUGGUCGAGACGAAAACAAGGAUACCGUAUCGGCAGAAUAGUUUACAUUCAUCCAAAUGCAGGAGAGCUAUACUUUUUACGCAUGCUUUUAAAUGUAGUUAGAGGGCCAAGAAGUUAUGCAGAGAUUAGAACUGUACACGGUGUCGUACAUGAAACGUUUCGUGCUGCAUGCGAUGCCCUCGGUUUACUCGGUGAUGAUAAAGAAUGGAGAGAGGCAUUUGGAGAGGCUUCACAGUGGUCAGGCUCAGUUGAACUCAGACAAUUAUUUGCAACAUUAGUGAUUUACUGUGAAGUAGCAGAUCCACUUAAAUUAUGGAAUGAAUAUUGGGAAUUAAUGGCAGAUGAUAUAUUAUAUAGGCUAAAGCGUGUUUUGGGUGUGGAAAAUCUCCGAAUACCUCAACUCGAACUUCAAAACCAUGUCCUAUUUGAGUUGGAAGUUAUAUUCAACAAAAAUGGUAGUUCGCUUACACAAUAUAAUCUGCCGAUUCCAAAUAGGUUGAUUGUUGACGGAUUAAAUAAUAAAUUGCUCGCGGAAGAAUUGGAUUACAAUAGAACCGAAUUAUUACAGGAAUAUUCAGAACUCUUUGAUGGAUUAAAUAGUGAGCAGAAAAUCAUAUAUGAUGCAGUCCUACAUUCUGUAUAUCAAAAUAUCGGAGAUCUUAUAUUUGUUUAUGGUCAUGGUGGGACGGGCAAAACAUACCUUUGGAAAACUAUAAUUGCAAAAUUACGUUCUGAAGGAAGAAUAGUUUUAGCUGUUGCUUCCUCAGGUAUUGCAUCACUCUUAUUGCCCGGGGGAAGGACUGCCCAUUCAAGAUUCAAAAUUCCUAUCAAACUUGAUGAUUGUUCUGUUUGUGAAAUUAAGAAAGGCACGCACCUUGCAAAUUUAAUUGCACAAGCUUCUUUAAUUAUUUGGGACGAGGCUCCAAUGAAUCAUAAAAAUUGUUUUGAAGCUUUAGAUAAAUCCCUAAAAGAUAUUAUGGUGACAGAUGAACCAAAUAUUUGUAGUAAAUUGUUUGGAGGAAAAACUAUUAUUUUGGGUGGAGACUUUAGGCAAAUUCUUCCAGUUGUCGUUGGCGGAACUAAGCAAGAUAUUUUAAGCGCGUCGCUUACAAGAUCAUACAUAUGGAGUAAGUGUAAAAUCUUCCGGCUUUCUACGAACAUGAGAUUACUUCGAGGCUCAAUAGAUGGCACAAUGGACACUUCUUUAUUAGAAUUUAGUCAAUGGGUUCUUGAUGUUGGUGAUGGCAAAAUAAAUGCUGUGAAAUUAGAAGGUGAAGAAGAACCAACUUGGAUCAAAAUUCCUGACGACCUGCUGAUAAAAGUUAGCAAAAAUGGUAUCGAAACGAUAGUUUCAGAUAUAUAUGAUCAUAUUGAGGAAAACUACAAUGACCCUAAUUAUCUGCGAGAUAGAGCUAUCAUUACACCUAGGAAUGAAGGUGUCGAUGAGGUCAACAGCUACUUCUAA